AUGAUCCACGACUUUGGCGUCACCGAGAAUUUCCCCAUCACCCCCCUCCUUUGCGAUGUAGAGCGGAUGAAGCAAGGCGGGGACCAUUGGCAGUGGGUCUACAGCACUCUGAUGUAUACCGGAGUCUUGCCGCGCAGAGGGGGCCAGGGCAGCGAUGUCAAGUGGUUUGAGGCGCCGCACGGAUUCGCUGGCCAUUGGCCUAAGCCAAGGACAACUAAUUUUGCCCACUUUGUGCUCGACUACCAGACUGAGGAGCUCCAGCUGGCAGAGCCAACAUACUUUGUCGACAAUGACAUGGAGUUUCCGCGCAUCGACGACCGUGUAGCAAUGCGGCAGCACAAUCACACCUUCCUUUGCAUCUUCGAGUGCAAGCCCGGAGUGACCGACUCCGAAAGCGUCAUGCCGCGCGCUGGAGGGGGCGCGCCCAUGUCCAAUGGCAUCGCCCACUUGAAUCACGAGAAUGCGGCCAUUCAACGGUAUCUUCCCAGGCCCGGCAAGCUCACUGGGGAGUGCAUCUUCAUCCCGCGCGGUAAAGGGGCGGCGGAGGGCGCUGGGUAUGUGAUGGUGCUGCUGGCCAACUACGAGGAAAUAUGCAGCGAGCUCGCCGUGUUGGACGUCAAGGACUUGACCAAAGAGGUGGCCCUCGUCAAGUUGCGGUGCGAUGGCCAACGUCCAAUCUGCGGCCAAUGUAAAGAGUUCGACGUGUGCUGCGCCUAUAACGAGCCACCGACUCAUCAUCGCCCGAGGUUAAGCACCACAGACAUUCCUCCUUCGGGCAUUCUGUCCAGGUUGAGUGCUCUUGAAGGCAGAAUAAACGAUGCCAACGCGUCUCUAACAACGGGGGCAAAGAGGAGCAGUGAAGAUGCCAACCAGUAUGAUGGCGACGACGACGAUGCCCAGGAUGACGACCGCGAGUCCAACAGCAUUAGCAAUGGACUGCUGGCUCCGCCUACCUUGACAGGGCCUCCUACGUUCUCAUCAUGGAGAUAUCAAAGUUGA